CUCUUGAAAGGUAGCCUGGAGCUCAAGAGCGGCCGGAAAGCAGAAUCCGAUGGCCGGGGACGAAGGAGGGAGUUCGGGCUCGUCUCCUGCUGCAGAGCCUAGUCCCGACACAGGAGCUGGUGCAGGUGCAGCUGGAGGAGAGUGCGGCGGCAGCAGCAGCAGCAGCAGCGGCUACGAUAGCAAAUGCAUUUUCUGCAGGAUCACUCAUGGGGAGGAGCCGGGCACCGAACUGUUGCCUUGCGAGCAUGAAGACCUGGUGUGCUUCAGAGAUAUCAGACCUGGAGCUCCACACCAUUACUUAGUGGUGCCAAAAAUACAUUUGGGAAACUGCAAGACUUUGAAGAGUGAGCACAUCCCAUUAGUGGAAAGAAUGAUGGCAGUUGGAAAGAGUAUUCUUCAGCGCAAUAAGUUUACUGACUUGAAUGACAUACGGAUGGGUUUUCAUUGGCCUCCAUUCUGCUCUAUUGCCCACUUGCAUCUUCAUGUUUUGGCUCCAGCCAGUCAGUUGGGAUUUUUGUCCCGAAUGGUAUACAGACUCAAUUCCUACUGGUUUAUCACAGCUGAGCAACUGAUGGAACGACUGAAGGCUGAAAGUGCUGCAAGCUGAAAAGCACUUGUCACUAAAUGGCACUUUAGUUUGUGACUGUUAAACAUAAUUGAAGACAAGUAUUGAAAUGCUGCUAUAUAAUGGUUGAACUAUUGGGUAGUGAACAUUGUACCCUAAAAUUCUCAGGCAAAUAUAAUAAAUUAAAACCCCCAAGCACUCUUUAGAGUAUUCAUGUCUACAGAUCAGAAAAUUAAGUGUCCAGUGUCUUCAAAAAGAUAACAAUGAAUCCUGCAUAAGAAAGCAAUUUAAUAUGUGCAUCUGGAUUGUCUGGUUUUGUUUAAACAAUAAAGGGGUUUUGUGCCUAUGCAAUCCAUGAGCAACUCUUGGCAUAACAAUGCUAACAGUAGUUACAAUGACUAUUGGUGCUAAAUCUCUUGAUCACUGAUGCAUUUACAUGAGUAAGUACAUCAAAAACAAUUACUCAGAACUCUGUGUAAUGAGAGGGAUUAUACUGUUGGACCGUGAUAUGGUUGUUUGAAUGUAGACUUACUUUAUCUAGUUAAGUGCAUGUAUUUUAAGAAUAGGAAGUGAAUUAUAGGACAGAACAAAAGUAAAGUCAUUGUUUGAACUUAAGGCUGUAAAGUUGAACAUAUGCAGACAGUUCAUGGGGCUUAUGCUGGGCUGAAACUUGACUCCUAAUUAUUGCUGUGGAAUGUAGAGGCAAUGUCAUAGAUAUUAAGGUGUGUUUCAAGCAGCAAGAAGCUACCACUUGGAGACAGAGCUUGGCAUCUAAGCCUUAGGGAACGUCAAAAUGGCUUGAAAUGACUUUCUCAGCACCUUUGCUGUUUAAUUGUUGUCUUAGCAGUGAUGUUAACAUUAUGCAAUGUUCAUACACCUUUUCCAAGAAAAAUUACUUGAAUGAGUAGUGAUUACAAAUGUGCAUUAUUUAAGCAAUGUAAUUGCUUCGUACAAUUGCCCAUUACAUUUGUGUUCAAAGUAUGCCAAAAUAAAACAACCACUCUUUGUGUAUUUCUGUGGACUUUAGAGUUUUAAUCGUCUUUAUUUAUUGGUUAUUUAGCAUGUAUUUUGCUACUAGGAUUAACUUCUGAAUGUUGGUUAAAAUCAUUCAGCAAACUCAGUCUCCAGUAGAGGAGGGGGAAGCUGCCUACCAUGUUGAACUGUUAAAAACUAAAUGUUAAAGUAUGAAUAGACUAUAUAUGUAUUGUGACUGUGAGUUUAUGUAACAUAAUGGAGUGAACAUAAUGGAAACCAGUUGAAACACUGUUAUGAGAAGGAAAAAUCCUAAUAAAAAUCAUUAUCUGUGGAA